GCCUGUGCGUUAAAAGCCGCCCUGGCUGACGACGUGGCCGAGGUGCUUCAACGGACCGGGGUGAUUCAAACAAGGCAAACCGGCUUUGUUCAGUGCAAGUUCAGGGAGUCGUGAAAUUCAGAUGCCCGGGCGAGUCUCUGCAGAGGUUUGAUAUCGUCACUGUGCAACAAUGUCUGGGAAAAUCAAGAACAGAAGUGCCGCGAACGCAGAUUCGAUUACCGGCGGCGUGUCCUGCGAUGAGCGCAUCUUGCGGGACUGUCAUCAACUGUACACGGAUCCGGAUAGCGGACUGAUCUCAGUAGCUGAAUCUGUUGGUCUGAAACUGCUGCCGCCGAGGAAGAAGAUCACCGUGUUCCUGAUGGGCAACCACUCUGCUGGGAAAAGCUCCUUCAUCAACUGGUAUGUGGAGGAGCACAUCCAGCGCACCGGAGUGGCUAUUGAGACCCAAGGCUUCAGCUUUGUUACAAGUGGGCGCAAGAGAGAAUCUCUCACAGGAAAUGCAACCCUCCAUCUAUAUCCACACUUCAAGCCUCUGCAGGAGUUCAAAGGUGUUUCUGAGUACUUGAGCACAGAGAUCUGCACAUCUAGACAGAAACGCUUCAGCCUGGUGACAUUUGUGGAUUCGCCGGGGUUGGUGGACGGCGAUAUGAAGUAUCCCUUUGAUGUGGAUGAAGUUAUUCUGUGGCUCGGUGAUCUCUGUGACCUGAUCCUGGUCUUCUUUGACCCCAUGGGUCAGGCUCUCUGCAAGCGCACCCUCAACAUUGUGGAAAGCCUGAAUGAGAAACACGGGGACAGACUGCGUUUUUACUUGAGCAAGGCUGACGAGGCCGGGGGAGAGUCCGACAGACAGAGAGUAAUGAUGCAGAUCGUUCAGGAGCUCUGCAAGCGACCAGGACUCAACAAAUGUGGUUUUGACAUGCCCACCAUCUACAUUCCUAAUCCAAAUAAGCCAAGUCGCUGCGUCAACCAGAUUGAGGAGGUGUGUCGCACCAUUGAGAAAACUAUUAACCAAACAGUCCAGAAUACACUCAACUCCCUGGAGAAGGACUGUGAGCUCAUCAGCGAGGCCAUCACUGAUACGCUCAUAAAUGACAGGCAGACCAGUUCUGGAAACCGACGGGCGCGCUGUAAGAGCUGCUUCCUGACUCUGCUGGGCUUCACCGUCCCCAUGGCUCUGAUGGCAUUGCUGGUACUAGGCGCUCUGUCCAAAGAGCUGCUGGAAAUGGCUCUGGGCCCUGAAGGCAGAGAAACACUCUCACUUUACAUGACUCCCGUAGUGAAAGUGUUCGACUCGCUCUCCAUGGAGCAGAAGAUGUACGGCGGUGUUGGAAUGGUCCUUCUCUCCUUCUUCCUGCUCAUCGUCGCGCGUUUUGCCUUCAGGACUAAACCAACUCUGUCGGGCAAACAGAAAAGACAACUGCAGGAGAAGCUUGAGUACAUUCAGGAGGUGGUCAAGACCAAAAAGAAAAAGCUAUAUGAAGAAUACCUUCGCCAGAGUGUCAGCGAUCAUGACAUGGACUUGUAAAGAAGGACGGAGAUGUGCCCACACUGAUGUAGGACCUUAUGUAAUGGAAGUAUCGCCACGGUUUCAAAUCUGCCAUCGUGAGACUCGGACCAAUCACUGCGGAUGUAAAGAUGUUAAAGCACUUCCUGCUCUCCUAGAAACUCAUCCAAGUUCUGGUGCUUUGGAUGCCGUUAAGUCAGUUUACCUGUUAGAUGAUGUUACCUCUGUAAGCAUUCUUAAACAACACUGCCUGCAGAUAAAGUAGGGUUACAUAAAUGGCAAAUUAUCUUUUUUUGUUACUGAUCACUUGUUUGUUGUUGUGAGCAUUUAUAAACAUGCACUCUGUGCCUCUCCUCCACUCAAAGGAUUUCAGGCUUAUACCACUUUAAGAUAUUUAAGAAUUUUUCAAACUAUUUAUAAUAUUUCUUUAUCAGAGAAACUGUAUUUUGGUUAAACGGAUUAGAGCACUGUUUGACAUGAGUCACUUUGUAUGAGUUACUGUUUUUGAAGACUUUCACCAGCAUUUUAUACAGUACUUUGAAGGGUUGCUAUCAUGAAGUCACCACUUUUUAGUAUUAUAUCAGGAAUGUCUGUGGUAUUAGCUAAUAUGUAGAGUAUUCAGUUAUCAGCACAACUCCUGGUGUCGAAGUAAAUGAAGAUUGUGAGCCAGCAAUCGAACAUUUUAUCAUGGACCAGUAUGACUUUUUGUAUUUUCUUCUUCUACAUUGUGACCAUGUUUUUAAGUACAACUGAAUUAAAUAAAAAAAUAAUGUCGAGUAUUA